GUUUGAAAAGCUGCUAGUUUAGGUUUCUGUAGAAAACAUUCUGAAGCGAUGGAUUCAGUACUUCUACACGAAGAAGCUGAAGGAUACAUUCAAAGCCUGGAAAAGAUGUCAUUGCGCGAUAUCGGAAGCCCGAGAUGGUUUCGCCAGCAUGAAUUUAUUGAGAAGCUGAAUAUGCAAGCUAUUCUGAACGCCAGCGCCAAUCAGGAGGAAUUCAUUAAAGACCUUUUCGUUUCUCUCGGAAAGAUUCCCACACUGGUACAUGCCAUGAUACUUACCGAAGUAUGGAAACAUAAAGUGUUUCCUAAAAUUUGCAAACUCCAGGACUUUAACCCAAAGAGCACAUUUCUUCUGUACAUGGUGAUUCAUCAUGAAGCUACCAUUAUAAACCUGCUGGAGACGAUUAUGUACCACAAAGAGUCCAGUGAAGCUGCUGGUGAUUGUGUUCUUGACUUAGUGGAUUACUGUCAUCGCAAACUCACACUGCUAGUGGGACGCUCUGUAUCUGGAGAAAUUUCAACUCAGGACAGAAUCACACACACACAGAUUUCAGGCACGGCAUCUGUACAGGAUCUGCAAAAGCAAAGUGAUAUGUUAGAGUUUGAAAUCUCUAUCAAGGCUCUGUCAGUCCUGUGCUACAUUACUGAUCACGUUGAGAGUUUGAGUUUGAGUGUGCUCUCGCGGAUGCUGUGCACUCAUAAUAUGCCAUGUGUGCUGGUUCAGCUGGUGGAAAAUUGCCCCUGGAAAAGAGGUACACAGGAGAAAUACACAGAGGGCAAAUGGAGAGCCGUCCUCCCUGAAGAUCAGCUGAAGCUGAGUAAACAUGAUGGCCAGGUGUGGAUAGCUUUACUAAACCUGAUGCUCAAACCAGACUGCCAGCGGAAAUAUGAUUUCAACAGCUUCAAUAAAACACAACUCUUAAAACUUCGUGGGUUUCUGACAGAUGUUGUGAUAGAUCAGUUACCAAACUUACUUGAUCUCAAGCAUUUCCUCAGUCAACUUGCUCUCACAGAUCCAGUGGCUCCUAAAAAAGAUCUCAUCUUGGAGCAGCUGCCAGAAAUAUGGAAUAAUAUUGUAAUGGAGAAUGACAAGAAGUGGAAAGCCAUUGCCAAAUACCAAGUGACGAAUGUUUUUAACCCCUCUGAAAGUGAACUGAGAGAACAGGCUAGCAGGUUGGCUCAAACGUAUAAUCUGGAUGUGAUGGAGAAUCUAAUCCCAGACAAACCUAAAUGUGGAGCCUGUGGAAGAACGGGUGUGAAACGCUGCUCCCGCUGUCAGGGAGAGUGGUACUGCAACAGGGAGUGUCAGGUGAAACACUGGCCCAAGCACAAGCCCUCAUGCAACCUCAUGGCAGAGGCUUUCCAGAAACUGCAGGAGGAAAUGAAGAUCAGCAGCUGAAGGGGAGGGAUGCUGUGGACACAGAUAUGCUUUACAACAUGUCCACUACUGAACGUCUUAUUGAAUGCACACUAAUAGUAAAAGACACAAGAAACUGUU